CCCGGAAAACUGAAAAUAAAAUGAAUAAAAAAGUCUUUUUAAAAGGAUAGUGCAUCAAGACUAACGAAUGAAAUUAAUACAUUAUUCAUCUUUUAAAUGAGAUGAAUUAGUAUGGAUAAGAAUCACAGAAAGGCAUUAACUCAGUGUAGAUCAAAGAUUGUCAGUGAUCUGUCUCCAGACAAUGAAUUCUGGGACAAAAUUGCCGAGCAGGAGAUUUUUACUCCUCUUAUGUUAGAGUAUAUCCAGGCCAAAAAUCCAAGACCAGAAAAAGUCAGACACUUAUUAGAUGAUUUGUUACGGAGAGGUCCAGAUGCUUUUAGGAAAUUUUUGUACUGUUUAGACAAUUCUGGACAUGGACAUUUGGCAGAUGUUAUCAGACAAAAGGAACAAUUGAUCCUUAAUCCAAAUAAUAAUCCCAUUCUCCAAGAAGCACGAUUCACUGGUAACAUAAGAGGAAUCAGUUCAGGUUUCCAGCCCACAGCUUCAAAUAACCAUGGUGACAGCCAUCUGCCACACAGUGUCUCAGCACAAACUAUAAAUGCACACAUUCCUAUGGGACAAUUUCCUCACAGCCAGUCAAAUCCAAACAUAGCAAGUUCAGGAACACCAGUAACCUUCCCUAGUGAUGAGUCAUCAAGUUCAGGAACCCCUGUAACUUCACCAAGUGAUGCUUCAUCAAGGAGUACCACAUCAUAUCAGAGUACUCAGUUGCUAAGCAACACUAGUCUGCCUCGACCGAACAGCAGUAAUAAUGAUAUCAGUAUGGAGAAUGAAAAUGAUGGGUUAACUUCUCAAUCCCCUAGGAACAGUUCACAGUAUGGCAACCGGCAGCAGGCUUCAAGUUUAGAAAGUACAUCAGAAACGGGCAGUCACCAGGCAACCGAAAGGACAAAGAAAUACAAAAUGGAGUCCACGCCCAGAGGAUUUGUAUUGAUUAUUAAUAAUAUUCAUUUCCGUAACCAUAUACACCGUCCAGGAGCUCAACAAGACAGAGAGAAAUUGAAGGCCAUGUUUGAAGAUUUUGGAUUCCAGGUGGAUGUUAAGGAAGAUCAAACAGCUAUGCAAGUUGAAGAAUUGCUGUCACAGUUUUCUUUACUACAAGAUCUCUAUCAGGUGGACAGUUUAAUUGUUGUUUUAAUGUCACAUGGUAACAAUGAGUUUAUCUUAGGAGUUGACUGUGAGAGAUUAAAUGUCAUUGACCUCAUCAAAAAGUUUAAUGCUGACCACUGUCCAGCUAUGAUGGGAAAGCCUAAAAUGUUUAUUGUAAAUGCUUGCAGGGGAGACGAGCAAGACAGUAAUCCAACAUCAGGAAGUAUUCCUCCAUGUUUUGACAAAACUGAGACAGACGCUGGUCCAAUAUCUUUAGAUAGAAGACAGCCUGCCAAUAGUGAUCUAUUGAUAGCAUACUCCACAUUUCCUGGUUAUGUUUCGUUCAGAGAUGAAGAACAAGGCAGCUGGUUUAUACAAUGUCUGGAGGAAGUGUUCAGAGAAUCUGCCUCUGAAGAACAUGUUAUGGAUAUGUUAACACAGGUAAAUGAUAAAGUAGCAGCUAUGAGUGAAACUAUGAUGGGAUACAACCAGACACCAGCGCCAUCUACAACACUAAGAUACAAAUGGUUUCUAAAUCCUCUGAACGUCUGACAACCAGACACCAGCGCCAUCUACAACACUAAGAUACAAAUGGUUUCUAAAUCCUCUGAACGUCUGACAACCAGACACCAGCGCCAUCUACAACACUAAGAUACAAAUGGUUUCUAAAUCCUCUGACUGUCUGACAAUCAAACAAAGUGAUAUACCUAUCUCUGGCAUUUCUGAUCUGGCCCCAAGGAUUGUUUGCUGAUUUAUACAUAGUAGAUUAUUUAUCUUGUAAGUUAAACAUAACAACAUAACUUAAUAAAGAAUAAUUUACUAAUUUACAGAUAUAAGAUGUAAAAUAACAUUGUGGUUAGCUUUAUACAUUAAGCCUAUUUUCCCUUUUUUUUUCUGACUGCUUGAAUUAAAAAAAUAUGACAUAUAUACGCCUUGUUUGCAUCCAAAAUUGUAAAAGUAAGUUCUUGAAAAAUAUUUUUCCUGAAACAAUCAUUAAUCUUUGUAAUAAUUGAAAAGUUAUUUUUUGAUUCAUCAUGAUAGUUAUAUAAAUACUUAUUAUUAUUGAACCAAUAUUUAAUGCAUGUUUAAAUGCAUAAUAGGUUGGAACAUACCAGUGAAAUUGUAUGCUUCAGAACUAAACUAUGUGCUUUUUUUAACUGAAUUUAACUUUUCCAAAUGGAGACAAGAAGUGAUCAUUGAUAAUGAGCCAAUGAAAUUAAGUGUUUAAUGUAUUUUGAAUCAUCUAUAUAUUAUUAAAUAAAUAGCACAUAGCUGAGAGGGUGAUAGAGCAGAUUGCUACCAUGAGAAAACCUUGUCAAAGGUGGCAAAGCCGAGGUUGACAAUGCUUUUUGGAGGGGUACCAAUUUGUUCUAUCACCCUCUUAGCCAUGUGAUUUUCAAUUUAUUAUGCAGAAUGUCUUAGCCUAUUAUUUUGUUUUACAGAUCAAUUUUAAUUUUAUUUCCUAUGAUGCCACAAACAUAACAACAAUACAGUAAUUAAGAAAACAACAAAAGUAAGGCAAGAGGUUUUUAUUUUUUUUAUUUUGACAGUCAUAUAAUAAAAUCUUUUCCAAAACGUAGAACUUAAGCAGUGUAUUUAAUUACUUGAUGUAAAUUCAAUUCAUUGUCCUUUAAAUUAUACAUUUUUGAUUGGUCUAGACAAGAGGGUGACUUUAAACAAAAUUGUCACCCACUCAGCCAUGUGAUAUAGUAAAUUAACACCCACAUAUUAGCCAAUCAAAAUAUGCCAUUUUGACGUAAAGUAUAAUAAAUCUACAUGUUACCAUAAAUCAUUCAAAUAAAGCAGUUUCAUCAUUAUUGUGCUAUGAAGGAGAACAAUUCAACAUGAUUAUGAUAUAUUUAAUAAGACACCUUAAUAAUGAGCCACUGAAACUUUCGGUUUUGAAUUUUCCUCAGAGUUCAGUAUUUUUUUAUUUUACUUUUGAUUAGUUUUCCUCACAAAAAAUAAAGGCUUAGCCUUUUCAUUCAAUGGUGUUGUUUAGUGCCGACUGAUAUAUGUAACCCUUAACUCUGUCAACCAGAAAAACUACCAUGUGAUACACUAGCAAGUCAAGAUAAAUUUUGCAUCCCAUUUUUGUUAGGAAUUGUAUAUAUAUUGUUGUUCAUAUUGCAACAAUAAAUAUCAAGGGAAAAUUUGAUUGUAAAGGUUGACCAAUUUUGUGUUAAUACCAAUUUAAAGUAUAAAAGGAUAUGUAAAUUAAUAGUUAUUUUGAAUGUUUAAAAUUAUAUGCUAUAUUAUUCAAUGUAAAACAUUUUUUUUUUUU